AAAGUGGUGUGGUAUGAAAGCGCAAACAAAGUUGAUAUUUGGCGCGGUGGCAAGUGGUAGCGACCGUAAAUGCGUUUGCAAUAUAUACAGUCGUUCCCAACAGACACAGCGCCGAGUGUCUACGUUGUUUGCGCGUUUAGGUAUUUUUGUUGUGUAUAGCACUUAUUGCCGUUUUAUAUUUGUAUAAAAUGGAUAAGUGUAAAAGUAAGUUAAAGAAACGCAAAUUUGAGGAUAACAUACCUCAGAUCCGAAUUUGCGUUCGAAGCCGUAGAAAACAAGUGCGCCAACAGUGAAGGGAGUGCAAAUAACAAACAUUAUUCCCGCUAGUAGUUGGUGCAGUUGUAGGGAAUCUGAAUUUUGUGGUAACCUUUCGCCACAAUGGUGGUAGUCAAACCUAUAUUCAGAGAUUGGUGAAUCCAGAGCAACUAAUGAAAUGUUUGAAUUGGAAGACCCAGAAUGUGAAUGAAACCCUCAAUAAUGUUGUGUGAUGUAUGCCUAAACAUGUCUUUGCUGGCCCUAUGACUGAAGUUAGCAGUUUCUGGUGCUGUAAUAACUUUUGAUAGCAGGAACUAUAAAAGACUGAAAAUUCUGGAAAAGGUAGGGAUGAAAUUAGGGCAGAACUCACCUUGAGGUCUGCAAAUAGUCCAUGCAGAGUUUGCUGCUUAGUAAAUGACGAAAGGAGCAAGAAAGAUAAGAAGGCAAUUUUUUGUGCAUACGAUGUGGUCGAUCAUAUACUGCAAAACGUAAUCUCUCCAGUCACCAACGAUUUGAAUGUGGUGUUCUUCGCCAGUUUGUUUGCUCCUUGUGUGGAAAGAAGUUUAAGCGCAAACACCAUCUGAAGGAUCACAUCAAGUGUUAUCACAGAGCUUAUCAAGGGACAGCUGCCAUAAGCUAGCGACUGAUAAAAACUAAAGUGCUGUAUCAGACUGUACCAUGGGCUGCACUUUUUCGUUUUUCUGCUGUAGUGAUGUGCUACUGUGCUGUGGCAUGUAACAUUGGUGGCUGCUGAUGCACAGCAGUCAGGCUUGUUCGUCGUGACCAGCAAAACUUUUUCCUGGGGAGUUAUGCUCUGUAACAGGAUUCAGUCACCAUAUUGAAACAAAAGACAAGCUUCUUUAUGGAAUUAGCAAUGAACAGUACAUACAGGCUGCCAAAGCAAGUUUUUAUGCAUUCGCUGUGGCCGAUCAUAUACUACAAAGCGUAAUCUCUCCAGUCACCAACGAUUUGAGUGUGGAGUUGUUCCCCAAUUUAUUUGCAUGGUAUGUGAAAGGGGGUUUAAACGCAAACACCAUCUCACUUAUCAUGUCAAUAUAUGCCGCAAAGCUCAACAAGGUAAGUUUUUAUGCAUUCGCUGCGGCCGAUCAUAUACUUCAAAGCAUAGUCUCUCCAGUCACCAACGAUUUGAGUGUGGAGUUGUUCCCCAAUUUAUUUGCAUGGUAUGUGAAAGGGGGUUUAAACGCAAACACCAUCUCACUUAUCAUGUCAAUAUAUGCCGCAAAGCUCAACAAGGCAAGUUUUUAUGCAUUCGCUGCGGCCGAUCAUAUACUUCAAAGCAUAGUCUCUCCAGUCACCAACGAUUUGAGUGUGGAGUUGUUCGCCAAUUUAUUUGCAUGGUAUGUGAAAGGAGGUUUAAACGCAAAGCGCAUCUCUCUCAUCAUGUCAAGAGGUGCUACAAAGCUCAACAAGGAAAGAAUCCAGAAGGCAAUUUUUUGUGCACUCGCUGUGGCCGCUCAUAUACUGCAAAGCGUAAUCUAUCCAGGCAUCAGCGGUUUGAGUGUGGCGUUGUUCGUCAGUUCAUUUGUGUUCUAUGUGGAAACACAUUUAAGCACAGCCACCAUCUCUCUCAACACAUAAAGUGUUAUCAUAAACUGAUGAAGAGCUAACUGCCAGAAGCUAUAAAAUACCCAGUUAAAGCGUAAUGUGGUUUUAUACAAAGGGACUUGUUUCAUCUGUCGUAACUCAUCAAAGCUAGUUAUCUAAUUGCUAAACAAAUUAAAAUUUACUAAAUUUAUUUAUUUAGUGAAUGCUGUUAUAACAAUAGUAAGUGUCUUAUUAUUUUCUUUGUUUUUCUGUUAGGUGCAUUACCGUGCUUGUGUGUUCUGAUAGGGGAUUAAUGCCUCAGUCGGCAGUUCUCCAGCCGUACAGUCAUUAUCUAUUUUAAUAGCUUUAUUUUUACACUAUCUGUAUUGAUAAUUUAUGAACUCUUGUUUAUAUAUACGAAGUUUUUAAAUAAAGUAAUUGGACAAAAA